AUGUGGAGCGCCCAUGACAUAUUCAAAGAAGUCGGACUCAAUUAUAUACCCGUUUUGAUUCUCUGUGGAGAGAAAGACAACAUCUGUAGCACUCAAGUUUUCAAGAACACAUCGAAAUUUUUCAUAAAUUGCCACAUGAUAAUUUUUAGGAAUGCUUCCCACUUAGUUUUGGUGGAGAGGAGCAAAGAAAUUAACUCCUGCGUCGUAACCUUCUUUCAAUUCCCCAACAACGCUGAUUUGAAGACUGUCCAUCAUAUGUUUCCAGUGGACAGGGUCGGGAAUUCGGUCCUUUCGCAGCGGGGCGACCUGUUCUGA